AUGGACCACUUAGAAAAUGAACCUUCGAUGUUGGAGGAGCCAUCGCUUACUCCAAAUGUGUCCAACCUAAAACCGUUUCCUUCCCAGAACAGCAAGAUAUCUACUCCAGUUACCGACCACAGGAGAAGACGCUCAUCCAGUGUGAUAUCGCAUGUGGAACAGGAGACUUUUGAGGACGAGAAUGACCAACAAAUGCUUCCCAACAUGAACGCGACCUGGGUCGACCAGCGAGGUGCAUGGCUGAUCCAUAUCGUUGUAAUCGUACUAUUGAGAAUUUUCUACUCCUUGUUCCCCGGGUCUACACCCAAAUGGACGUGGACUUUGACCAACAUGACCUACAUCAUCGGGUUCUACAUCAUGUUCCAUCUCGUCAAAGGCACGCCCUUCGACUUCAAUGGUGGUGCCUACGACAACCUGACCAUGUGGGAGCAGAUUAACGAUGAGACCUUGUACACCCCCACUAGAAAAUUUUUGCUGAUCGUUCCCAUCGUGCUGUUCCUGAUCAGCAACCAGUACUAUCGUGACGACAUGACACUGUUCCUCUCCAACCUGGCAGUCACGCUCUUCGUUGGUGUCGUUCCCAAGCUGGGAAUCACUCAUAGACUAAGAAUAUCCAUCCCCGGUAUCACGGGUCGUGCCCAAAUUAGUUAG